CCAUCUUCCUUAGCAAAUGCAACAAUGACUUCUUCUGUGGAUUUGGCCGUCAACCCCGGACAAGCAGAAACGAGCCAAGGAGAUGAGACCAAGAAUGCAAAUGUCACCGUCUGGGAUACAGAGUCCGACAUUUCAAAGAAUCCAAAACGAACCUCCUGGUUUGUGAUCUUUGCCAGCGCGCUCGCGAACUUCUCGGAUGGAUAUCAGAAUAAUUUGGAGGCGAGUAUCCUCCUUCUGCCGCAGCGGCCUUGGAAGGGAGUAACGAGAGGACCCAUCCAAGUGCUCACAUCCACUCUCAUGGCCACCUCGGCGGCACCAAUCUGUACAGCAAUCUACCUCAUCACCCUCACCGCCACGAACAACAAUCUCCGCACCGCCUUCCACGCCAUCUACUCCAUCUCCAUCUUCUUGCCUCUCUUCGUCGCCGUUCUCCGUUUCCGCAUGCGUGACGGCCUUCUCUUCCGCCGCAACAACUUCAAAGCCAGGACCUCCCCUCCUUACCUCCUUGUCUUGAAACGCUAUGGCUGGCGACUGCUCGGCACCUCUUCCGCGUUCUUCGUCUAUGACUUUAUCAACUUCCCGAACGGCAUUAUGAGUGCGGCCAUCAUCAACAACGUGGUGCCGGGCAAAGACGUGCGUCAAACAGCCAUCUGGCAAUUCAUCCUCGCCCUGCUCGCCGUGCCCGGACCCAUCGUGGGCAGCUGGCUCUGCAACCGCAUCGGACGUCGCUGGACGGGCAUCGCAGGCUGGACCGGCUACAUCAUCCUCGGUUUCAUCAUCGGCGGCUGCUACACUCAUCUCACCACUCACGCCAUCGCCGCCUUUGUCGUGCUCUACGGCUUGAUGCAGAGCUUCGGGCACAUGGGUCCUGGCGCCACCAUCGGCCUUAUGAGCGUCGAAUUGUACCCCACCGCCGUACGUGGAGUCAGUUAUGGAGUUUCUGCGGCGUUUGGCAAGGCGGGUGCUGCCAUUGGCACGCAGGUGUUCACGCCCAUCAGAGAUGCUUGUGGUCCGGCGUCGACGUUUUAUUUGCUUAGUGGGCUUUCGGUGUUGGGGGCGGGUAUUUAUUAUCUUCUUCCCGAGGGGCGGGAUAUCGAUUUGGCUGCCGAGGACGAGAGUUUCAAAAUCUAUCUUCGUAGCGAAGGGUUUGAACUUGACAAAGUCCAGCAAUGA